AUGGCUAUCACCGAGAAAGGCGAAGCUGUAGUUACCCAUGACUUGGAGGCUCCGACACCGCCGAAUGAGGGGAUUGGCGAUGCCACACAGCAAGAUGAGAUUGAUAUGCACCGGCUGGGCAGAAAGCCUCAGCUCAAGCGGCAGAGGAAUUUCCACGCCAUUUCCAUCCUCGGUUUGACGAGCAUGACCAUGAUUUCCUGGACCGGUGGAUUCACAGCUCUAGCAUUUACCUACACCAACGGAGGCCGAGCGGUAAUCUCGCAAUUCAUCUUUGGAGACCCAACAGUGCUGACUCCUAACCAAAAUACUAAAAUGCACCGUUAUAAGGGUGGAUUUUCUGCUCACCAAAACAUAUCUCAGAACGGCUAG